AUGUUGAAGUGGAUUCAGGGUGGCCUUUCUGCUGUUACUGGUAUCGCAGAACCAGAAUAUGGUAGUGAUUACAUUCAUACUGUUACAGACCGUGUUGAGGGCAAACAACCUUUUUGCGAGACUACACGUGAAGAUUUCUGCUGGUUAAAGCCAGAUCAUACGAAUGUGGAGACUGUUACCUUCUAUUUUAGUGAUUUGACGACCGGAGUGGUUGGUUUUGCUCAGAUCAUUCACUCAAACAUCGUUGGAAUCCACACACAGGCACAGUUUACGUUUAGAAUCUUUAAUUCCAAGAAACCAGAUGAGUUGAAUCUCUGGACUUCUACUAAACUCGAGGAUUUUAGAGUUGAGGGUCCAAAUUUCUAUGCAAAGGAUCUUUCUUUGGAGUUAAAUGAGGAAGAUAAUGAAUAUCAUUUCGUAUCUCAAGUGAAUGAGAAAUCUACUGUGGAUUUGACGUUUACAAGGCUCACGCCUGGUUGUAAAGUCGGUGAAGAUCCAAACACGUACUAUGGUGACAAUUUGGAAGAACCUUGGGGUAAGAUGAGACAUGUAUUUUGGCCUAGAAAUUCUAUCCGUGGUACGAUAAAUUUGAAGAAGCCAGAGCCAACUGAAAACGAAGAGCAAGAAGAAGAACCACAAGAGACUGGUAAGAGCGUUUACGAAGAGCAAACCAUUACGUUUGGCCCUAAUGACAAGGCUUAUUCGAUGUUUGUGAUGGCAUUCCAGGGGAUGAAACCGCAUCACGCUGCAAAAGCUUGGAACUUUAUGUAUUUCCACUCGGAGAAACAUACAGCUGUUCUAAUGGAAUUUGUUACGCCCAAGUCCUACGCAAACACUAAAGUCACAAUCGGGAUCCUUACUUCAGAUAAAGAUAUUCUUGCUGUGACUACGAACAACGAAUUCAGUCACCUCGACCCACAGAUCGAUUCUGUCGGUUGGAACGUACCACAGUCUGUGAGUAUUGCGUAUGAUGGGUUCUCCCCAGAAGUCACAGACGAACAAGUAGCCAGCGGAGAUUACAAGAAAGUUACAGCCAAAGUAGAGGGGCCUUUGCAAAAUCUCAUUGAGAGAAUCGACGUCAUGAACGAAAUUCCUAAUUUCAUCAAGACCAUCGUAUCGGGCGUCGCUGGUACAAAGCCUUACAUCUACCAAUACGCAGAGGACAACUUUACCCUUCAAGUGGAUGAUCAGCCGUACGAGCAUGGCGUGGCAUGGACAGAAGUCACCUUCAUAUCCGAGUCCGAUGUCAUUACUGAGGAGGCUUACAACGAAUCAUAA